AUGUCUCAUGAUUAUGAUGUGAUAGUUAUCGGAGCCGGCGCUGUUGGCGAAAAUGCUGCAGAUUAUGCCACUCGGGGAGGCCUCAAGGUUGCACUUGUCGAAAAUGAGCUCGUAGGCGGUGAAUGUUCUUACUGGGCCUGUAUGCCCUCGAAGGCCCUAUUGCGUCCUGGUGCGGCUCUGCAUGCUGCUCUUUCGGUAGAAGGCUCCAAACAGGCGAUCCCGUCCGAAGCGAGGCUCGAUGUUCCAGCAGUACUAGCCAGGCGUGACGCCGCUACCAGCCAUUGGGAUGAUUCUGGUCAAGCCAAAUGGGUCAAAUCUGCGAAUAUUGACCUCGUACGUGGCACUGCAAAGAUUACCGACAUACGCAAAGUGACUGUAGGCGAUACAAUAUAUAAUGCUCGCUAUGCUAUUGUUGCUGCAACAGGCUCCUCCGCAUUCAUCCCAGACGUUCCUGGGCUGCGUGAUGCCAAGCCCUGGACUAGCCGUGAAGCAACCAGCGCCAAGUCUAUUCCAGAAAGUCUCAUUAUAAUUGGUGGCGGGGUAGUGGCAUGCGAAAUGGCCACCGCUUAUGCUGGGUUUGGCUCCAAGAUAACCAUGGUAGUCCGAGGCCAAACAUUAUUGGGAGGGCAAGAAGAUUUCGCGGGACAAUUUGUCGCUGAAGCUCUCGAAAAACUAGGAGCUUCUAUACUCCUCAACACGUCCCUCACCAAGGUAGAACGUAAUGGAGAAUCGGUCACAGCGACAACGCAUGACGGACGAAACAUCCUAGCAUCAGAAAUACUUGUCGCAGCAGGCCGCACCCCCAACACAGCCGAUCUCGGAGUUAAGCAGUUUCAAUUACCCACUCUUCCUGGGGGCUGGCUUGACGUCGACAAUUCUCUACUUGUUCGUACGACUGAUUGGCUCUAUGCCGUGGGUGAUGUUAAUGGCCGUGCACUACUGACGCACCAAGGAAAAUACCAGGCCCGCGCAGCUGGUUCCGUCAUUGCAGCUCGCGCGUUGGGAAAGACUUUGCACACCGAUGCAUGGGGUGUCCAUGUGGCAACCGCAGACAUACGUGCAGUCCCUCAGGUUACCUUUACCAACCCCGAAGUGGCCAGCGUUGGGCUUAUGUCUCAUAUAGCCCCGCAAAAGGGCAUCAGCACGAGAGUAGUUGACUAUAACCUUGCUUGGUUAGCUGGGUCGUCCGUAUACUCUGAUGACUACAAAGGCCAAGCACGACUGGUCGUCGAUACUGAUAAAGAAGUCGUCGUGGGCGCGACGUUUGUCGGUCCCGAGACCGGAGAACUUUUGCACGCGGCUACGAUUGCCAUUGUUGGGGAAAUCCUAUCGGGCGUCUAUGGCAUGCUGUACCCUCGUAUCCCACUGUGA